AUGAUGUGCCGUCUUCAGGCUAAGUCCAAGGUAAAGAAGGAGAACCUGGAUGAGGCAGCUGACAUGCUGGCAGAGUUUGAGGAUGCUGAGAAGCAGGUCAGUGAGUGGCUGGAGAAAGGGGAGGAGCUGGUCAGACCUGGGAUUACCUGGGACAGCUAUGAUGAGGUGUGCCAGCAACAGCAAGAGCACAAGGAUAUCCUUGAGGGUGAUGAAAGCCAGCCCCAUAUCCAGAUAAUGCGGGAGAAGAUGCACCAGCUGAGCCAGCUGUGUAAUGUGUCUCUCCUCCCACGGCUGUCUGAUAUCAGUGACAGGACUGGUCAGUUCAAGGUAGCAGCUAACCAGAACCUCAAGCACCUGACAGAAGCCACAGAUGAAGCCCAAGACUUUGAAGCAGCGGUUGAGCAGCUCCAGGCUAAGAUGGAGGAGUCUCAGGCUAAACUCGCCUCACCAGAGUUUCAACAACUUCCUCUCAAGGAGAGAUUAGCAGCACAGGAGACACUCCUAAAGGACAUAGAGGCCCACCGUGCUGAGAUGUUGGUCCUGCUGGAGAGGAAGCAGAGACUGAAGGUGCAGGCAGCUGACAUGCCGGCGUAUGAGAAUGCACAGACCCUACAGGGGGAGGUGGCAAUCCUGCACCGGGCCGCUGUCAGACAGAACCAAGCCAUCAAGGAGGCUGUGAACCAGGAGGUGCAACAUGAGGCCCAGGUACAACAGCUGACAGGUGCCAUAGAGGAGGCCAAGAAGCAGAUGGAGGACAUGCCCCCUGCAGGGCAAAUAUAGAUGAUAUAAAGAAACGCAUUGCUCAGCAUCAGGCUCUAGUUGCCCAGGUGAAGAGCUACCAGGACCAGCUGGACAUCUUAAAUGCGCAACGGCAGCAGAUAGCCAUACAAGGACCUGUGCUAGACAAGGACAUGUCC